CAUUCCGCUCUUGCCGCCGCCGCCGCCACCCCCGCCCCCCGCCCCCGCCCCCGCCCGGUCCCCGCCACCGCCGCCGCCGCCGCCUGCCCAGCGGCCCGGGAGGCGGAGGCGCGGGGGAGGAGGCCCCGCUUGGCUCCUCAGCCCCGGAUGCUGCAUGACUUCAUCCUUCCGCCGGCUCCCCUGCUGAGGUAGGGCCGGUCCGGCAGCAAGCCCGCCGCCCGCGCCCCGCCGCAGUCCCGCUCCCGCCCCGCGCCCACCCCGCGCCCGCCAUGUCCGAGAUCCUGCCCUACAGCGAAGACAAGAUGGGCCGCUUCGGCGCAGACCCCGAGGGCUCCGACCUCUCCUUCAGCUGCCGCCUGCAGGACACCAACUCCUUCUUCGCGGGCAACCAGGCCAAGCGACCCCCCAAGCUGGGCCAGAUCGGCCGAGCCAAGCGAGUGGUGAUCGAGGAUGACCGGAUAGACGACGUGCUGAAGGGGAUGGGGGAGAAGCCGCCGUCCGGAGUGUAGACGCGCCGGCUCGGGCGGCGGGCUCCGGGCCCAGCCUCGCAGCGGCCAGGAGCGCGGGCCGGCGAUGCGGCUGCCGGCGCCCCCCCCCGCCCCGGCCCAGGCGCCCGCGGGCGGGGGCUGCAGGGCCGUGCAGCCGCCGCCGCCGCCAGGCACUCCGGAGCUGUCCGCUUCAGCACCACGGCGGCCGCGGUAGCGGCGGCGCGGACCCGCCCGGAACCCGCCGCCGCGCUCAUGCACUUUAAAACCUCGGGCCGCAGCCCCACCCCGCACACCGGAACGGACACGGAGACCCGCGGCCCCCAGCCCCCGGCCCGCCCCCUCCUGCACGGCUCCCCUGCCCCGCCCCCCUCCGGCCAGUCUGGUCUGCAGACCGGGCGGCCGCCGGUGUCGGACCGCGCGCGGCCAGGGAUGUUUGGCUGCGUACUUGCAUGAGCUUUCCACCCACUUGAGCCCAGUCCUCCGGGCCGUUCCUCGCCCCCACCCCUGUCUGGCGUGACCCCAGCCUCAGCCUCUUUCUAAGGGACUUCCUCAGCACAUUUGUAUUUUUAUAUCCGACUCUUUGUUUACUGGCUCUGCUCAUGGUUCCUGCCCUCCCCUCAGUCUCGGCCACGCUCUUCUGCGCCUGGCAGAUAGGACGGGUGUUGAGGCUGGGGUGAGACAAGCCCCCGACACGGUUACCAACCACAUGGCCAGUCUGCCCAGGCCUGACCCCAGGAGGCUUUCUGGCAGACCCCUUCUCCCCAAGGUAUCAUCACCUUCCGAGGGCCCAGAUCAGAUUUUACCUUGGACCCCUGAGUCUUGCCCCUGGGAACCCAAAUGGGGACUGCUCUGAACCUUUGGAUGACAUCUGUGGCCCCGGAGAUGUUCUCAACCCAGGGGUGCCCUUUGUAAAUGUUCCUCCAUCCUCACUGUACCAGGAGUGUGUGAAUAAACACAGACCCCCCUGUG